AAAGUUGGUUUCAACACCUUUUAUUCCAAGCUCCUUCUAUUCAGUUUUUUCAUUCCAAAAAAAGUUUUUUUUUAUUAAGUAAUUAAUUUAAAAUGUGUUUGGCCUAUCUUCUCCUUAAAAAUAUGAAAAAGUAGAAAAAAAAUCGGGCCAAAUAGACCCUAAACACCAUAAAUAUCUAAUAGAUACUAUAUUAUUGGAGAUCGUGUUAGUGUUUUAAUUUUUAUCCAUGAAUUUUUCACUAUAAGAAAUGAAAGGCUGUGAUUAACUCACAUAAUUCUCUCCAAUUUUGUCUUCACGGUAGACAAUCCAUUCCCCACUCUCUUACGCACACUACUCAUAUUAUACUCUCUCUCACUUCACUCACUAACUCCAUCUUCCAUCUGAUAUCAUCUUCAACACUUUCUCUCUCUAACUUUCACUGACUCCAUUUCCAUUUUCACUCUCUCUCUCUCUCUCUAGAGCCAAGAAGCCCCAUGAAUCCAAAUUGCCUAAAAAUUCCAUAAAACCAAAGAUUGAUUCAUUCUUAAUCGGAAUAAAAAAACCACACUCACCCAGAUCAGUAAGUAACCAGAAAAAAUAAUGAGAGAAAAUCAUCCUCCAACAACAACAACAACAACACCAGAUCUAGCAAGAGGCGAGAUCGCAGAAUCAUCCACAUCAAAAAACCGAACAGGUUCAUCCGAACCAUUCACCGGUCCAACCGAAAACCCAUCUCCGUUUCCAGACCAAGUCCUCGAGAACGUUCUAGAAAACGUUCUUCACUUCCUCUCCUCCCGCAAAGACCGUAACGCCGCCUCAUUGGUCUGUCGUUCAUGGUACCGUGCGGAAGCCCUCACUCGAUCCGACCUCUUCAUCGGUAACUGCUAUGCACUCUCUCCUCGCCGCGCUACCUCCCGUUUCACCCGCAUCAAAUCGGUAACCGUUAAGGGUAAGCCGAGGUUUGCGGAUUUCGAUCUGAUGCCUGUUGAUUGGGGGGCCCACUUCACUCCUUGGGCUACCUCACUUUCUCAAGCUUAUCCUUGGCUUCAAAAGCUUCAUCUUAAACGUAUGUCUGUUACUGAUCAGGAUCUUCGCCUCAUCGCCAAUUCAUUUCCGGGUUUUCAUGAACUUCUUCUUGUUUGUUGCGAGGGGUUUGGUACCCCUGGUCUUGCUGCUAUUGCAUCUAAGUGCAGAUUGCUGAAGGUGCUGGAACUGGUGGAAUCUGUGAUUGAGGUUGAGGAUGAUGAAGAGGUGGAUUGGGUAUCAUGUUUUCCGAAUGAGGGACAAACUCAUUUGGAGUCUCUUGCUUUUGAUUGUGUUGAGUGCCCUGUGAAUUUUGAGGCAUUGGAAGGUUUGGUUGCUAGAUCACCUAAUUUGAAGAAGCUUAGAUUGAACCGAUCUGUUUCGAUGGUUCAGCUUCAUCGGCUAAUGCUUCGUGCUCCUCAGCUCACGCAUCUUGGAACAGGGUCAUUCAGUGCUAAUGAGAAUGUGGAUCAGGAACCUGACUAUGCAUCUGCUUUUGCAGCAUGCAGAUCAUUGGUUUGUUUGUCUGGAUUUAGGGAGAUUUGGUCGGAUUACCUUCCUGCUAUUUAUCCAGUUUGCGCGAACCUCACUUCAUUGAAUUUUAGUUAUGCUGAUGUUAAUGCUGAACAGCUGAAGUCUGUUAUAUGUCACUGUCAUAAGCUUCAGAUAUUGUGGGUCCUUGAUUCAAUACACGAUGAAGGCCUUCAGGCAGUGGCUGCAACUUGCAAGGACUUGCGCGAGCUUCGAGUGUUUCCUGUGGAUGCGAGGGAGGAGACUGAAGGUCCUGUUUCUGAGGUUGGUUUUGAAGCCAUUUCUCAAGGUUGUAGAAAAUUAGAAUCGAUUUUGUUUUUCUGCCAGACAAUGACAAAUGCAGCUGUGGUUGCUAUGUCAAAGAACUGCCCGGAUCUUGUGGUGUUUCGUCUUUGUAUAAUUGGGGUGUAUCGCCCCGAUGCUGUGACACAAGAACCCAUGGAUGAAGGUUUUGGUGCUAUUGUUAUGAACUGCAAGAAGCUCACUCGACUUGCUGUAUCUGGUUUGCUGACUGAUCGAGCUUUCGAAUACAUUGGAAGGUAUGGGAAAUUGGUCAGGACACUAUCAGUUGCCUUUGCGGGAGACACUGACACGGGCCUUAAGUAUGUGCUUGAAGGUUGCCCUAAUUUGCAGAAGCUUGAAAUCCGGGACAGUCCAUUUGGGGACGGAGCUUUACGAUCCGGUUUGCAUCAUUACUACAACAUGCGGUUCCUUUGGAUGUCGUCUUGUAAAUUGACACGCCAAGCUUGCCAAGAAGUUGCACAAGCAUUGCCUCACAUGGUUUUAGAAGUUAUCAACAAUGACGGGGAUGCAGUCAAUGAUGUCGAAAUAUUGUACAUGUAUCGGUCUCUUGAUGGGCCGCGCGAUGAUACUCCUGAAAAUGUUACUAUCCUGCAAUAAAUUUUUCAUUUAAAGAAGACUUGAACUCUUCACCAUUGGUGGCUGUUCAGUGAUGCAGAUAAGGGGACUUAGAGAGAGAGGGGAGAUUGAUGCCGAAGAUGAAGUUCUACAUUUAUUGUCUAUCUUUUAUAUUUAUUAUUGCAGCGGAAGGAUGUCAGGCAAGUGGUAGUAGAGAGGGGGGAGAAUGAUGCAGAAGAUGAAGUUCUACAGUUAUUGUUUUUAAGUUAUAUUCAAUUUAUCGUAGCAGAAAGGUGCUGGACAAGGGGAAGUAGAGAUUGAAGCUACUAUGAGCACUGGUUAGUAAUUGUUAGUUCAUUUCCUUGAUCUGAAAAAGAAGGUACAUUGAGAGAAGAUUCAGAGGGAGAUCAAAACAAGUGUGAAGAGGUGAUGUUCCCUAACUUUUCCAUCAUACCAUCAUGGUAGUUGAGAAGCAUCAACUAUUCACUUUGUAAUGAAAAAUUAGCCUCUUUAUUUGGAUUCAAAUGAUAGUUAGUUUUAAGCUGCAGGUGGAAAGAAUCCAAUCCUCAGACUGAUACAAAACUCAUGUCUCUUUAAUCUCAAUGUUUUUAUUUAUUUGUUUUCUUUUUCAGAUUUGUUGUUGUAUCAUCUGAGUGUAGAAUUUAUUGUUUGUUAACAAAUUGUGAGAUGGUUAAUAAAUGCUAGAAUAUGCAUGGACCAUGUGGCGUCUAUGUCCUUCGUUUUCUGAA